GGCCGGCGCGGGCCCCUGGUAGGCGGGCGGUACAGCCCGUGCCCGAGAUCUGGGCCUGAGCACCAGGGGUUCGAGUCCAGCCCCCGCCGGGCGACCUCGCAGCGCCGCCCCUGCUCUUUGAGCACCUCCCGUGUGACAAGCCCAGGACCAGGCGGCGACGCGGCCCUUUUGGGGCCCCCAGUCCUGGUGGCGAAAGGCCCAGACGAUGAGUGACAAACUGGACAGCGAAGGCCCAGAGCCCAUGGAGGGCUGCAGCCAGUAUAGCAGCAGUGCCCUGGUUAGCCCCGCAGCCCCGGCACCUCAGGAGGAGGAGGAGGGAGCUGGCACCGCCACAGGGCCCGGGCCUCAGCUGGGGCUCUACAGCUACAUCAGAGACGAUGUGUUCACCUCGGAGAUCUUCAAGCUGGAGAUGCAGAACGUGCCUCGCCACACCAGCUUCAGCGACGUCCGGCGCUUCCUGGGCCGCUUUGGCCUGCAGCCCCACAAAACUAAACUCUUCGGGCAACCACCCUGCGCCUUCGUGACGUUCCGCAGUGCUGCCGAGCGGGACAAGGCCCUGCGAGUGUUGCACGGCACCCUCUGGAAAGGCCGCCCACUCAGCGUGCGCCUGGCCCGGCCCAAGGCCGACCCCAUGGCCAAGAGGCGGCGGCUGGAGGGUGAGGGUGAUCCUCCUGUCACACGAGUCGCCGACGUUGUCACCCCUCUUUGGACAGUUCCCUACGCUGAGCAGCUGGAGCGGAAGCGGCUGGAGUGUCAGCAGGUGCUGCAGAAGCUCGCCAAGGAAAUUGGGAACACCAACCGCGCCCUGCUGCCCUGGUUGCUUGCACAGAGGCACAAGCACAACAAGGCCUGCUGCCCUCUGGAGGGGGUCCAGCCAUCACCCCAGCAGACUGAGUAUCGUAAUAAGUGUGAGUUCUUGGUCGGCGUCGGGGUGGACGGGAAGGACAACACAGUAGGCUGCCGGCUUGGCAAGUACAAGGGUGGGACGUGUGCUGUGGCUGCCCCCUUUGACACUGUGCACAUCCCUGAAGCCACCAAGCAGGUGGUGAAGGCCUUCCAGGAGUUCAUUCGGUCCACUCCAUACUCAGCGUAUGACCCAGAGACGUACACGGGCCACUGGAAGCAGUUGACCGUGCGCACCAGCCGCCGCGGCCAAGCCAUGGCCAUCGCCCACUUCCACCCCCAGAAACUGAGCCCCAGGGAGCUGGCGGAGCUGAAGGCCUCCCUAGCACAGCACUUUGUGGCAGGGCCAGGCAAUGCCAGUGGGGUGACCUGUCUGUACUUCGUGGAGGAGGGACAGCGAAAGACUCCCAGCCAGGAGGGCCUGCCCCUGGAGCAUGUGGCUGGGGACCGGUGCAUUUAUGAGGACCUGCUUGGGCUGACCUUCCGGAUCUCACCUCACGCCUUCUUCCAGGUAAACACGCCUGCGGCCGAGGUGCUCUACGCAGUCAUCCAGGAUUGGGCACAGCUGGAUGGGGGCAGCACGGUGCUGGACGUGUGCUGCGGUACUGGCACCAUUGGCCUGGCCCUGGCCCGGAAAGUGAAGAGAGUCAUCGGGGUCGAGCUGUGCCCAGAGGCCGUGGAGGAUGCCCGGGUGAAUGCCCAUGCCAAUGAGCUGAGCAACGUUGAGUUCCACUGCGGGAGGGCUGAGGACCUAAUGCCUGCCCUGGUGAGCAGACUGGCCUCCCAGCAACUUGUGGCCAUCCUGGACCCACCCCGUGCUGGCCUGCACUCCAAGGUGAUCCUGGCCCUCCGCAGAGCUGAGAACCUUAAGCGGCUCCUCUAUGUUUCCUGCAACCCUCGGGCAGCCAUGGGCAACUUUGUGGACCUCUGCAGGGCCCCGUCUAACCGCGUGAAGGGCACCCCAUUCCAGCCAGUGAAGGCUGUGGCCGUGGACCUGUUCCCACAGACCCCACACUGCGAGAUGCUCAUCCUGUUCCAGAGGGUGGAGCACUCCAAUGGCACAGGGGUCCUGGGGCCCCAAGGCCCUCCAGCCCAGCCCCAACCAGGGCCCCCAGAUGACACCUCACAGGAGACUGGGGCCUCCCUCUCGUCCUAGGCCCUGGGACCAAUAGCAGCCAGCUCUCCCAGACCAGGGCCGGUCACAGGGGCAGAAGACCAGGGACCCCCACAGCCCUCCCCAGGCGCUCCAGGAUGCAGAGCAGCUGGCAGCCCCACCAGGAACAGCCUGUGGCCACAGGCUCUGAGCUCCAACUAGGAAGGUGGGAGGUCUCCUGUGGCCCGUUCCCCAUCUCCACGUACCUUCUGGAACAGCUAGGCUGUGAU